AUGGCGCUGUUCCACGUCGCGCGGUACCCGGGCCCCGAGGCGGCGGCAGCGGCGGAGGAGACCGCGGCGGGCGACCGGGCCCGCGCGCUGCUCGAGCGGCUGCAGAGCCGGGCCCGCGAGCGGCAGCAGCGGGAGCCCGCGCCCUCCGAGGCGGACGCGCCCUCCGAGGCGUCGGGCAGGCGGCGGCGGCGGCCCCGGAGGCGGCGGCGCGGGAGCCCCGAGGCGCCGCGGGGGAAGCGGCGGAGGGCGGAUGGCGAGCACGCGGACGCGGGUGGGCCGGGGCGGACGCGGGCGGGCCGGGCUCCCCUCCGGAGCGCCGGCGCCGGGGGACUGACGCCUCGACCCGGCCCGUGUUUGCGCGCAGGGAGCAGCGAGGAGGCGCCGGGGGAGCGCGGCGGGCGCGCCGAGGCGGCCCCGGACGGACGGCCCGCGGAGGAGGUGGCCGAGCCCGCGGCCCCCGCCCUGGUGCUGGGGGGCUUCGGGAGGAGGAAGACGUCGAAGGUCCAGCCUUUUCUGCCGGCGUGGCUGGCUGAACCGAGCCGUGUCAGGAAGGACAUCACUGAAGGCCUCGUUCCCAUCGAGGACAUCCCCGAGGUCCACCCUGACCUGCAGAAGCAGCUGCGGGCACAGGGCGUCUCCUCCUAUUUCCCAGUCCAGGCCGCUGUGAUUCCCGCCCUCCUGGAGAGCGCAGCCGGCGGGUUUCUGGUGGGCAGAGGUGGCUACCGGCCCAGCGACCUCUGUGUUUCUGCCCCGACGGGCAGCGGGAAGACGCUGGCCUUCGUCAUCCCCGUGGUACAGGCCCUGCUGCGGCGAAUCGUGUGCCACAUCCGCGCCCUGGUCGUGUUGCCCACCAAGGAGCUGGCCCAGCAGGUGAGCAGAGUGUUCAACAUCUACACAGACGCCACGCCUCUGCGAGUCGCCCUGGUUACAGGACAGAAGACGCUGGCCAAGGAGCAGGAGAGCCUCGUCCAAAAGACAGCGGAUGGCUACCGCUGCCUGGCCGACAUCGUGGUGGCCACCCCUGGCCGCCUGGUGGACCACAUCGACCAGACGCCGGGAUUCAGCCUCCAGCAGCUCCGCUUCCUGGUCGUGGACGAGGCUGACCGGAUGAUCGACAGCAUGCACCAGUCCUGGCUGCCGCGGGUGGUGGCGGCCGCCUUCCAGACCACGGGCCCCAGGGAGCCCUGCGCCCUGCUCCAGAGGAGGCAGGUGCAGGCCGAGACGGCCGCCAGCACCUGCUGCCCUCAGAUGCCCCUGCAGAAGCUGCUUUUCUCAGCAACUCUGACACAGAACCCCGAAAAGCUGCAGCAGCUGGGCCUCCACCAGCCCCGGCUUUUCUCCACGGGUGUGGCACACAGGGGCCCCGACGCCGCUGAUGGGGACGUGGGAGGGAAGUACGCCUUCCCCACGGGGCUCACGCACCACUACGUGCCCUGCAGCCUCAGCACCAAGCCGCUACUCGUGCUGCAUCUGGUCCUCAGGAUGGGCUUCUCCAGGGUCCUCUGCUUCACCAACUCCCGGGAGAACUCGCACAGGCUCUUCCUGCUGGUGCAAGCGUUCGGGGGUGUGAACGCGGCCGAAUUCUCCUCCCGCUACGGGCCUGGCCAGAGGAGGACGAUCCUGAAGCAGUUUGAACAGGGGAAGAUCCAACUCCUCAUCAGCACAGAUGCCACUGCCCGCGGCAUCGACGUGCAGGCCGUGGAGCUGGUGGUCAACUACGACGCCCCCCAGUACCUGAGGACCUACGUGCACCGGGUUGGGAGAACGGCCCGAGCUGGGAAUGCCGGACAGGCCUUCACGCUGCUCCUCAAGGUGCAGGAGCGGAGGUUCCUCCAGAUGCUGACCGAAGGCGGGGUGCCCGUGCUGGAGCGGCACGAGCUCCCCAGUGAGCUGCUGCAGCCGCUGGUCCCUCGCUACGAGGAGGCCUUGUCCCAGCUGGAGAGGACGGUCAAGGAAGAGCGGAAGCAGAAGGUGGCCUAGGCUGGAGGGACCGACGUGGGACCAUUGCUGCCUUCACCCUCCUUCCACAAGAACCCGAAGCAGUGGAUGUACGUGAGGAAAGACGGGAAUUCUUCAGGGCUUCUGAGUGCACAGCACGGACAUGUCCUCUCCGUCCUGCCGGCAGCCUGGAAGUCAGCUCAGGCCUGGGGCACGUUCUGGAAGCUCGGACCUCGGGAGAUGCUCGGGACCUCGGCCCAGGCCUGAGACUUCAGGGCUUGUUGCCUUUAAGCCGGGCCUGAGAUCAACACUGGUGAAAGUGCGCACCCUGCCCCGCAGGGACGGGGGUUGGCCUUGAGCUGAGCCUGCAGCGACGUGAGGAGCACGGUCACCAUCUUCCCUGAGUCCCUCCCUGGUGUGUGGGUGGCGGCUGUGCCAGACCCAGUCUGGCUUCCUGAGCUGACACCGAGAGACGCCGGAACACCCUUUGCAGGCGUGUGUCAUCAACCCAGGUAGGCGUUGCCAUCGUUACAGGUGGCACAGACCACAGGAGCCGGCUGUGUAGGCAACAACACUUUACUUUGAGUAGCCACUACCUCAGGGUAAACUCCUAACAGAAGUUUUCAUCACAAAUAUAACGGAAAGUAUGUUAGAAGCCUUGAUCACUGUGAGCAGGUGUGUUCUGAAAAUUUUAUAAAAAACAGGAAUGAAUUGUGA